CGCCGCUGUGCAGCCUGGGAGGCAGAAAGAAGCGGCUCUUCCUCUAGCAGACUCCGGACAACCGUGCAAACAGAAGGCGCCAAGACGUCUUCCCUACAAUAGGCUACAAUACCCAGGAUGCUUUGCUACACUACCUCUGCGGGGUUGGCUGGCGGCGCCUCUAGCUGCGCAAGCGCAUAGGAAUACGCCCUUCGAGGACUCCAUUGCCCAGGGUGCAUUGCCCUGAAGAGCGCUCCUCUUUCCGGUGAAAGUCGUCGGGUUACCGGCUGGGAGACUGCGAAGUUCUCAGACUCAGUUACCCAGCUUCCUUUGUGGGAGGGCUGUUGCGCACUUCCGGUGGAAGCGCUGAAGCGAGUGGGUGGAGUUUACGGAGCCGGUGGGCGGUAGGCGGUGCUACCGGUAUCUGGGUGCUGUCCAAAGGCGACAGGACGUCGUUAGGGGAGCGAGCCGUGACCGGUUGGGCCACACUCAACGUGGGACUAAGCUUCGCCUACUGUUUGACUACGUGCGUGCAGCCUCCCCUUAAUGUCGGCCCUCGAAAAGAGCAUGCACCUCGGCCGCCUUCCCUCUCGCCCACCUCUACCCGGCAGCGGGGGCAGUCAGAGCGGAGCCAAGAUGCGAAUGGGCCCUGGAAGAAAGCGGGACUUUUCCCCUGUUCCUUGGAGUCAGUAUUUUGAGUCCAUGGAAGAUGUAGAAGUAGAGAAUGAAACUGGCAAGGAUACUUUUCGAGUUUACAAGAGUGGUUCAGAGGGUCCAGUCCUGCUCCUUCUACAUGGAGGAGGUCAUUCUGCCCUUUCUUGGGCUGUGUUCACGGCAGCUAUUAUUAGUAGAGUUCAGUGUAGGAUUGUGGCUUUGGAUCUGCGAAGUCAUGGUGAAACCAAAGUCAAGAAUCCUGAAGAUCUGUCUGCAGAAACUAUGGCAAAAGACGUUGGCAAUGUGGUUGAAGCCAUGUAUGGGGACCUUCCUCCUCCAAUUAUGCUGAUUGGACACAGCAUGGGUGGUGCCAUUGCAGUCCACACAGCAUCAUCCAACCUGGUGCCAAGCCUUUUGGGUCUGUGCAUGAUUGAUGUUGUAGAAGGUACGGCGAUGGAUGCACUUAAUAGCAUGCAGAAUUUCUUACGGGGUCGUCCUAAAACCUUCAAGUCUCUGGAGAAUGCUAUUGAAUGGAGUGUGAAGAGUGGCCAAAUUCGAAAUCUGGAGUCAGCCCGUGUCUCAAUGGUUGGCCAAGUCAAACAGUGUGAAGGGAUUACAAGUCCAGAAGGCUCAAAAUCUAUAGUGGAAGGAAUCAUAGAGGAAGAAGAAGAAGAUGAGGAAGGAAGUGAGUCAAUAAGCAAGAGGAAAAAGGAAGAUGACAUGGAGGGGUUACCCUCAGAGACUCAGAACUUACUCUUAUUCCUCCAGACCAAGAAAGACCAUCCAUACACCUGGAGAAUUGAACUGGCAAAAACAGAAAAAUACUGGGAUGGCUGGUUCCGAGGCUUAUCCAAUCUCUUUCUUAGUUGUCCCAUUCCUAAAUUGCUGCUCUUGGCUGGUGUUGAUAGGUUGGAUAAAGAUCUGACCAUUGGCCAGAUGCAAGGGAAGUUCCAGAUGCAGGUCCUACCCCAGUGUGGCCAUGCGGUCCAUGAGGAUGCCCCUGACAAGGUAGCUGAAGCUGUUGCCACUUUCCUGAUCCGGCACAGGUUUGCAGAACCCAUCGGUGGAUUCCAGUGUGUGUUUCCUGGCUGUUAGUGACCUGCCGUCCACCCCUCCCUCAACAUUGAGCUCUGUUGUAAAUGCAUCGCACCAGAGGCCACUGUGAUGCCGCUGUCUCCUCCUUCCCAUCAUGCCCAGCCAUGUGACACUGGCUCCCUGUAGACAGGCACCCCAACCUUUUCAAGUAUUCUGCCAAAAGCAUUGUUUUCCAGGGCCCUUGACCAACAUCGGCUUCCCCAGUCUAGGACUCCCCUGCUCCUUACCCUUCCCUAUACUGGGGUAGAUCCUGCCUGUUCUCCCUGCAUUGCUUAGGGUGAAGCCUCCAGAUUUGCCAUACUGAGCCCCUAUUCCUAGUAUUAGGCGAUGCACCUGAGUCCAAAUGUCUUCCCAGGCUCAGGGACCUCCAUUCCUUGAAAUUGUCUUGGCAUGGUCCAGCCCUACCUCAUGGGAUGGACGGUGCCUCAGGUGGUCCUUAUUUUUCCCUCUGAAAUAAAAUAUUAGUCAGGUACCAUCUUAUCCCAGUCUUACUCUUCCAGGUUUGGAAGACCAAGAGAGGCCAAGAUCCCAUCCUUAGAUACAGGGAGAGGUGGUAGUGGAUAGCAUGACAAGAAACCAGCCUGAAAAUCAGGUCCAGCCAGUCCAAGCACAUGGCCUCCCAUCUGGGAGAGCCCACUGUCCCACUCCCACAUGUCUGGGCACCUGCCCUGGGCUGAGGCCAGGCUGCUCCAGGGUCCCCUUGAGCCCUCACCUGCCGCAGAGCAACCAAUACAGCCCAUGCACAAAGCCACAGGCUAAAACUUAUGGAAUUGUUUUUAAUCAAAUUCAACCAUUUUCAUAACUGGUUCCUGGAGGUGUACAGUGCCCUCUUGCCUGUUCAAACCUACAGCUUCUCUUUGCUAUUUGUGGAUUUCACAUCACUCCACAUAGAAACGUUACAACCUGGCAUCCCAGUCUUUGCCUUCUUCCAGCUGCCUCGACACAGCACUGAGGCCUGUCCCUAUUGCCCAGGCACGCCAUUUCCAAGGGCAGGAAGGGGCAGUGUCCUGAAGCCCAUCUUUUCUGUGACUGUCUUAGGUGAUGUGUAGCCCCCUCCACCUUUCCACUCAACAACUUCCCACCCCUGUCCUGCUGCGCGGUCCAGAGUCUGGGACCUACUUUGUUUUUUGUUAUUUAUGACCUUGUUUAAAGAAAAUAAAUAUCUCCCAACCUUUA